AUGGCGCGAGCGGGGUGGGACGCUGGUGGAGGUGGUUGGGAGUGGAGACGCCGUUUAUUUGCUUGGGAGGAGGAAGGCGUGAGGGAUUGUGUCAACUUGUUACAUAACAUUGUUUUGCAGGAUAAUAUUCAGGACCAGUGGAGGUGGUUACUUGAUCCUAUUCAUGGUUAUACGGUUAAGGGGACUUAUUGUUUCUUAACGAAUACGGAGGUUCCGGUGACUGAUGCUGUAGGUCUUGAUGUGUGGCAUAAAUGUGUUCCUUCCAAGGUGUCUGUGUUUGCUUGGCGUCUUCUUCAAGAUAGAGUUGCUACUCGCGCAAAUUUGGUGCGUCGUCGUGUGUUACAAGCUGUUGAUAAUUUGUGUGUUGGUGGAUGUGGCUACCCUGAGACGGCAGAUCAUCUUUUUAUUCAGUGUACUUCAUUUGGGCAGGUCUGGUAUCUUGUGUGUCAGUGGCUUGGUAUACCAUGCGUUUUUCAGGGCUCGGUUAAACGACACUUUCUUCAGUUUAGUCAGAUGGCAGGGAUGACGCGUCCUUCUCAUGAUUUUAUGAAGGUUAUUUGGUUGGCUUGUGUUUGGGCAAUCUGGAAGGAGAGAAAUAACUGUGUUUUCAAUUUGUUGGUUACCAAUCCUAUUAACAUUUUUGAAAGAGUGAAGUUGUUGUCUUUUCUUUGGCUUUCGUCCAACGUGGCUAGUUUCUCGUUUGGUUUUCAUGAUUGGUGGCGAUAUCCACGGUUUUGUAUGGGUAUUAUGUAA